AUGGAAGGAAGAAGGAUUACAGCUAGCCCUAGACCUUGCAGUGGAAGAAGAGUUGUGGCUAAAAAGAGGUCUCGGCCAGAUGGGUUCGUCAAUAGCGUUAAGAAGCUUCAGCGAAGAGAAAUCUCGUCUCGGAAAGAUCGAGCUUUCUCUAUUAGCACUGCCCAGGAGAGAUUUCGCAACAUGCGUCUCGUGGAGCAAUAUGAUACUCACGAUCCCAAAGGACAUUGCUUAGUCGCAUUACCGUUUUUGAUGAAACGAACGAAAGUCAUCGAGAUUGUUGCUGCAAGGGACAUUGUCUUCGCGCUUGCCCAUUCUGGUGUCUGCGCUGCUUUCAGUAGAGAGACGAACAGAAGAAUAUGCUUUUUAAAUGUUAGUCCAGACGAAGUCAUACGGAGCUUGUUCUACAACAAGAACAACGAUUCUCUCAUCACGGUUUCAGUUUAUGCUUCAGACAAUUUCAGCUCUUUGAAAUGCAGAUCCACUAGAAUUGAGUAUAUUUUGAGAGGUCAGCCAGAUGCAGGGUUUGCUCUUUUCGAGUCUGAAUCAUUGAAGUGGCCUGGUUUUGUAGAGUUUGAUGAUGUCAAUGGAAAGGUGCUGACUUAUUCUGCGCAGGACAGUGUGUACAAGGUUUUUGAUCUGAAAAACUACACCAUGCUGUAUUCCAUAUCAGAUAAACAUGUCCAGGAAAUCAAAAUCAGUCCAGGGAUAAUGUUGUUGAUUUUCAAGAGAGCUACAAGUCAUGUUCCUCUAAAGAUACUGUCAAUAGAAGAUGGAACAGUUCUCAAAUCCUUCAACCAUUUGCUUCACCGAAACAAGAAAGUUGAUUUCAUAGAACAAUUCAAUGAGAAACUUCUUGUCAAGCAGGAGAACGAGAAUCUCCAAAUUCUUGAUGUAAGAAACGCUGAUCUAAUGGAAGUUAAUAAAGCUGAGUUCAUGACACCAUCUGCGUUCAUAUUUCUGUAUGAGAACCAGCUGUUUCUAACAUUCAGGAACCGAAACGUUUCUGUUUGGAAUUUCCGGGGAGAGCUUGUGACUUCCUUUGAGGAUCAUCUUCUAUGGCAUCCGGACUGUAACACAAACAAUAUCUACAUCACAAGUGAUCAAGAUCUGAUCAUCUCGUAUUGCAAAGCAGAUACAGAAGAUCAGUGGAUAGAAGGAAAUGCGGGAUCGAUCAAUAUCAGCAAUAUAUUGACAGGGAAAUGCUUAGCUAAGAUAACACCAAGCAGUGGACCUCCGAAAGAAGAUGAGAGCAGUAGCAGUAGCAGUAGUUUAGGGAACAACGCAAAGCUAAGAAGAAACGCAGUGGCUGAAGCUUUGGAAGACAUAACUGCUCUCUUCUAUGACGAAGAACGUAAUGAGAUAUACACUGGAAACAGACAUGGCCUUGUUCAUGUGUGGUCCAAUUGA